AUGUCGAUAAUUCCAAGUGUUUUCGGCCGAAGAAGCAACGUCUUUGAUCCAUUCUCUCUCGAUGUUUGGGACCCUUUCAAAGAUUGGCCCUUUAAUUCAGCCCUCUCAGUCCCAGCUCGUUCAGACCUCUCUAACGAGACAUCUCAGUUUGCCGCGACACGGAUUGACUGGAAGGAGACGCCGGAUGGCCACGUGUUCAAAGCUGAUCUUCCCGGACUGAAGAAGGAGGAAGUGAAGGUUGAAGUGGAGGAAGGGAACAUUCUGCAGAUUAGUGGAGAGCGGAGCAGAGAGAAGGAGGAGAAGAAUGAUUCCUGGCACCGCAUGGAGAGGAGCUCUGGAAAAUUCCUUCGCCGGUUCAGGCUGCCUGAGAAUGCAAAAAUGGAGCAUAUCAAAGCAAGUAUGGAGAAUGGGGUGCUGACUGUCACUGUCCCCAAGGAAGAGGUGAAGAAGCCUGAAGUCAAGGCCAUUGAUAUUUCUGGCUAA